AUGUCGCUGGCGUCUGAACAACAGACGCAAUAUUAUAAAAUAUCUAUGGUGUCAUCAGAAAAGAACCCCGCUCGUCCAGUGAUGUUCGCGCACGCAGAGAGCCCAGUGUGGGAUGCGCACACGCAGUCCCUGACGUUCGUCGAUGUAUCACAGCAGAACGUACACCGGCUGGAGUACACCACGGGCAAAAUAGACACCAAACAUAUCGAUUACGGGCAAGUGAACAUGGUUUCCCUGGUGGGCGGCUCGAGACGACUCCUGGUGGGGGUCAGGUCGUCCUUGUACUUGCUAGACUGGGACGUAGUCGGCGACGAGGCUCUGCGUAAACUAACCUCAGUAGACCUGGGACUUCCGGACAAUGUGAUCAACGAAGGAAAGCCGGAUAGUGAAGGUCGACUGUGGGCAGGAACUAAAGGCCCACAAACAGGCGACGACGUUCUCCCGGAUAAAGGCACGUUGUACACAAUAGAUCAACAGUCUCUAGACAAUCCGCGGAUACAGUUGCGGCCUGUUUCCAUCUCCAACGGGCUCGCGUGGUCGCCAAACAACACAGUCAUGUACUACAUCGACUCGCACACGCAGAGAGUCGAUGCAUUCGACUACGACUCGGCUAAGGGAGACUUGAGUGCUCGAAGGACCAUUGUCGAUAUAUCAAACUAUGGGUACGAAGACGCUAUACCAGACGGUAUGACGAUUGACAGCAAGGGACAUCUGUGGGUAGCUUUGAUGUUUGGAGGGACGGUGUUACACGUAGACCCGGACACAAGAAGGGUAAUAUACGGGUACAAGAUACCCGUGUCCCGGGUGACAUCGCUGUGUUGGGGAGGGCCGAACUUGGACGAAUUGUUCGUCACCACCGCCAAGGACAAUCUGGACACGAACCUGGAACCUUUGGCUGGAGCGGUGUUCACAAUCAGGAAUACGGGUAGCCGAGGAAUGCUUACUAACGUGUUCAAGUUCGAUAAUGCUGAUUCUUACUGA